CUUCACCACCAUCGACUGCCAACCAUACACACUCCUUUCACGAACAAAUACAGCACUAUGCCGCACAUCGAAAUCCUCCCCAACACCGGCGCCGCCCCGGCCCCCGGCUGGGCCUACGUUCCCGACACAGGCUACGACCCAUCGAAAGUCGCCUUCAACCCCAAAGACCGCAAGCGACAGGCCGCACGCCUGGGCGGCAUGCCCACCGGCCUCGAACUAUCCGCGCGGCAGCUCACAGCCGUGCAGCGGAGAAUAGCAGAGUUGGAGAGGGACAACGAUGCGCGGUCGGGGAUCGAGAUACCUAAUAAGAAAACAACCUUCAAGACCUCAGCAACGAAGAAGAUCCUCCUCUCUGCGAAGGAGAUCCGGCACUGGCUCGACGACGAAGACGCCCUGUACACGAACAAAACACAAGCACCUGGAGGCGGCGCGAGAGCCAUUACUAGCCGCGUUAUCAAGCCCGCUAUGGGUGCGAAAGGGCGGCGAGCAACGAUUACGCCGCGUGCUUUGACGCCCGCCGUACCUGCUUUCCCUGGCUCUACCUCAGGACUACAAGAUAAAGCUCUUGAGAUACGCUCUGCAGUCCCGGCGCCAUUGGACGAUGAAAAGUUACAAGCGUUAUUGGCUGCGCCACCGCUACCGUACGCAGCUGCGAGGGUUGGCCCACCGGGGGCUGGAGCCCCACCGCAGAGGCUGUUUUGCGAUACGUGUGGGUAUUGGGGGCGGGUGAAGUGCUUGAAGUGUGGCGCGAGGGUGUGUGGGUUGGAGUGCAAGGGGAAGCAUGAUCAGAGCAUGUGCACGAGGUUUUGAGGGAUGUGUGAUGAUACCCGGAAUAUGGAUGGGUUAAAAUUAUAUGAUGGGAUGGAAUGAGAGCAAUGACUAUGGAGCUCAAAAGAUCACCACGGCCGCGGGAGUCGAGACUGAAUGAGGGGCGAAGAUGCCGUUCAGAACUGGAGACAUUACCCAACAAGCUUG